AUGGCCACGCCGCGGAGACCGUACCCCAGAACUCGCUUGAGGCGGAUCAUCAAGGCGCAUUCGGGAAUGAAGCUCUCGAAGAAUGCCGAUGUGUUGAUCUAUCUCAACUAUACGAUGUUCAUGAAUGCAUUGGUGAGAGAGGCUGCCAUUCAUGCCAGGCAGGCGGGCGAGCGUUCAUUCACGCCUAGGAACAUUAUGAAGGCACUCCCUGUAUGCUAUUUUGCUUGUUUGUUUUGA